CAAUACAAGGUAAUUGAGAAGGAGUGAAUUUGCACCAAUGGCUUCUCAAGGCAACAAUGUUGAUGAUCUUGAAGCAGGUAACUAUGUGGGUGAAGAAGAUUUCAGCAAAUACUUGACAUUGCACAGAGCUACAGUGCAUGGGAAAUGGGGGGAAGCUCAAAAAUUCUUGGAGGAUAACAAUAAUAACCGUGCAAUCCUGCUAGCUCCUAUCAACUUCCAGAAGAACACUGUAUUGCAUGACGCUGCUAAAACAGGUAAUAAUAAGGUUUUUGUGGAAAAGCUUGUGGCAAUGAUGGCCGCCAUGGGAGAUGAUAACAAAGAGCUUGGCGUGGUGAAGAACCGAGAUGGGAUGACGGCGCUCCACCUCGCCGCCCGGUUUGGGAACAAGGAGGUGGCUGAAAUCCUUGUUGGGAAGAACCCUAAUCUCCUCUAUCAAAGAUGCAACAGGGGUCUUCUCCCCAUCCAUUACGCAGCUUGCAAUACUCGCAGUUGCCAGGAGGUGUUUCGUUAUUUCUGGGGUGUCACUAAGGACGAUGAAGAUCCUCAAGUUAAUCCAUAUGCAGGCCCAACUGGUGCCACCAUCCUUGUUAACUUAAUCAAGUCUAAAUUCUAUGGUAUGAUGGCAAUGGAGUUGGUUGAUAAGUACCCUGAUUUGGCUCGUCAUCCGACAUUAGACGAGGACAUUUCUCCUUUGGAAGCCAUAAUCAAAUAUGGUUAUCCUAUCAUCGACAAAACUAAAUUAAGUGAAACUUCGAUACGGGAGUGGAUGUGUCUGAAGAUGGAAGUAAAGGAAAUAAAGGAGCAGGAACAACCAGGCAAGCUUCUUGAAUUCCUGUGCCAGAAACUGGGAACCCUAAAUGACAAAGAAGUUGCGUCUGUUGCAACAAAAGCAAUCAUUGAAGCAGCGCAUUUGGACAUUGACAAGGUGGUUGAAAAGGUUGUGGAAGCAUAUCCUAGGACGGCUUAUUACCAGGACAAAAUUAGUGGUCGGAAUAUACUUCAAAUUGCAGUAGAGAACCGGUGCAAGAACGUUUUCAACCUGGUUUGUGGAACUAAAAGUAGUAGCUGCGGCAAGGUGCUUAUGCAUGAUUUAAUGGAGGAAAGAGACGACAACGAGAACAACAUCCUUCAUUCGGCCGGGAAAUUGCCCCCUCCACACAAGCUAAAUCGUUUUUCCGGCGGUGCAGCUCGGCAAAUGCAGCGGGAGCUGCAAUGGUUUAAGGCAGUGGAAAAGAUCGCACCACCAUAUUUCUCAUCGCUCAAGAAUAAAGACCACAAAACACCCAAAAUGGUGUUCACGGAUGAACAUCGGAGCUUGAAGACGGAAGCGGAGAAAUGGAUGAAAGAGACGGCAACCGCAUGCUCAGUCGUGGCGGUGCUCAUAGCCACUGUCGCGUUCGCCGCCGCCGUCACAGUUCCGGGGGGCACUUACGGUGAACUUUCAGCCGGUGGGUUUAAUGGUACAAUCGGAUAUCCCCUCCGCCGCGGCAGGGGCGUCUACAAUUCCACGAUUAUAGUUCCCGGCGGCAACAUCACUGAAGCCCACGGCAAAGAGGGCUCCCCAAUCUUCUCCGGCUUGGGUACUUUCGCAACUUUUUAUCUCGCAAAUGGCGCCUCUCUCUUCACAUCGGUUAUUUCUCUGCUAUUCUUCUUGUCCAUUAUACUCACUUCUGGCUAUGCCGAAGAAGCUUUCCUGAAAGCUCUUCCCAAAAGAUUAAUCAUAGGCCUCUUCACCCUCAUAUUCUCCAUACUAUUUUUGAUGCUAUCCUUCUCCAUGUCGGCGUUUCUGGUAUUUGGCAAGAGGUAUAAAACUGUUCGUACUGUGUUGACCGUACUCAUCGUAGUUGCAGUCGUGCCGGCCACUUUAUUUGUGCUUUUCCAGUUCCGACUCCUGGUGGCUUUCUUAUCAUCUACCUUCGGACGCGGUAGGAAAAUUUUAGAAGAAGAAACCCAAACGCCGUGACA